AUGCGUUUCGUCAGCGGGAUCGCCUUGGCUGUCGGCCUCGUAGGCGCCGCCUCCGCCGCGAUUCACCCUCGCUCCCAGGACGCUCGCGACUUCUUUGCCAUUCACCUCGACGCUACCACAUCCCCCGACCAUGUUGCCCGCAUGCUGGGUGCCCGACACGAGGGCCAGAUCGGACAGCUGGCGGAUCAUCACACCUUCUCGUUACCGCGCGAUCAAAGCUCAGAUCUGGCCGAAUUGCUAGACGAUAUAAAGACCAAGAGGACGAUUCGCAGGCGAUCGGGAGGAAAUGUUGCUCGAAGUGCAGAUCCACUGGAUUCUAUCUUGUGGUCAGAGAAAAUUGCGCCGCCCAGGCAACGAUUGCAGAAACGUGCACCACCUCCCUCCGAAGCUAUCAGCCCCCGAGUCAAUGAAGUCCCCGAUAAAAGCGCGAUCGACAUCCAGAGUGAAAUUGCCUCAGCCUUGCAGAUUAGCGAUCCCAUAUUCAAAGAACAGUGGCAUUUAUUCAACCCGUUACAACCCGGUCACGAUCUCAACGUUACGGGAAUUUGGCUGGAAGGUGUGACAGGCCACGGUGUUGUCACAGCAAUUGUGGAUGAUGGACUCGAUUUUGAUAGCAAUGACCUAAAGCCGAACUACUUUGCCGAAGGUUCUUACGACUUCAAUGAAGGUGGACCGGAGCCUCGUCCUCUGCUUUUGGACGAUAGACACGGCACGCGCUGCUCAGGAGAAAUUGGUGCUGCGAAGAACGAAUAUUGUGGCGUCGGUGUUGCAUAUGGUAGUAAGGUGGCGGGUAUUCGAAUUUUAUCUGCGCCGAUUGACGACGUGGACGAGGCCGCAGCUAUCAAUUACGAGUACCAGAAGAAUGACAUCUUCUCUUGCUCAUGGGGACCCAUCGAUGAUGGUGCCACAAUGGAUGCACCCGGUGUUCUGAUUAAGCGAGCAAUGGUCAAUGGCGUGCAAAAAGGACGUGAUGGAAAAGGCUCCAUCUUCGUGUUCGCCGCCGGUAACGGUGCGCAGUUCGGUGACAAUUGUAAUUUCGAUGGCUAUACCAACAGCAUUUACAGUAUAACAGUCGGAGCCAUUGAUCGGCAAGGAAAGCAUCCGUCUUACUCAGAAUCAUGCUCUGCCCAGUUGGUGGUUGCAUACAGCAGUGGAUCUGGCGAUGCGAUCCACACCACUGAUGUGGGCACUGAUUCUUGCUACUCGAACCACGGUGGUACUUCUGCGGCUGGCCCACUUGCCGCAGGCACCGUGGCGCUUGCUUUGAGUGCUCGACCUGAGCUGACAUGGCGUGACAUUCAGUACUUGAUGGUGGAGACUGCAGUUCCCGUGAGCGAGACAGAUGGAAGCUGGCAAACGCUUCCGUCUGGCCGCAAGUUCAGUCACGACUGGGGCUUUGGCAAAGUUGAUGCAUACGCCUUGGUCCACAAGGCUCAAUCCUGGGAACUAGUAAAGCCACAGGCCUGGUUCACCUCGCCCUGGCUACGAGUGCAUCACAAUAUUCCCCAGGGCUCGGCGGGAUUGGUUAGCCGGUUUACUGUGACUGCAGACCAGCUCAAGGGCGCUAACUUUGGUCGGCUGGAGCAUGUUACUGUCACCAUGAAUAUCAACCAUGGUCGCCGCGGUGAUCUCAGCGUGGAAAUGCGCAGCCCGGCUGGAAUUGUCAGCUACCUGAGUGUAGUUCGCCGACAUGACAAAGAGCCCGUUGGUUACAUAGACUGGACCUUCAUGUCCGUUGCUCAUUGGGGCGAGUCUGCCGCCGGUGAAUGGACUGUCAUUGUUAAAGACACCGAAGUCAAUGACUUCACGGGCGAGUUCAUUGACUGGAGAUUUAACCUGUGGGGCGAAGCCGUCGACGGAUCUACGCAGGGUCUCCAUCCAUUGCCGGACGAGCAUGAUGAUGAUCACCCGUAUGAGGAGGCCCAUGUGGCUACGACGACUCUCGAGCCUGGGCCAACCAAGACCGACCCUGCCACCACCAACCCGGAUGAGCAUCACGAUCGCCCUGUGAACCAGAAGCCCACUGGCCAACCUGAAGCGCCUGCAGUGACUCAACCUGCCGAUGAGGAGCUCGAGGUAGUGAACAAUGGCACCACUGCCGGCAGUGGUGCCUCUUCGAACGGUACCUCCGCGGCAGAUAACUAUCUAUCGUCCUACCUUCCAACAUUUGGAGCCUCGAAGCGCACUCAGGUUUGGAUCUACGCAUCCUUGGGUAUGAUCAUCGUUUUCUUCAUCGGCUUGGGUGUCUUCUUCCAACUCCAACGUGUGAAGCGCCGCCGAACCAAUCCUCAAGAUGAUUAUGAAUUCGAGAUGAUUGAAGAUGAGGAUGAGAUGCACCCCAUGACUGGACCAGGCGGACGUACCCAACGUCGCGGCGGGGAACUUUAUAAUGCUUUCGCUGGGGAAAGCGACGAGGAAAUCUUCAGUGACGACGAAGCAGAGAAACCAUACCGGGAUCGACUAGCCAACAUCCCGGAAAGGGAUGACGAAGAAUCAUCUUCAGGCAGCCACCUUAUGUCUGAAAAGCCCUAG